CCCGCCUAGACUCAACAGCGAACACCCACCACCACCAGCACCGACGGGAUGUCUUCACCACUACCACCACCACCACCACCAUCCGCAGCCCCGACCGAGAUGCUAGUGCAGCUCCCGCAGCAGCCCCAGCCCCACGGAUCCUCCACUAGCACCCGUAUCUCAUUGCUGCUCGCCUGCUUGGUCGUCGUCGCCGCCCUGCAGUAUCCAAUGCUCGUCUCGUACUUCCAACGCCUCAGCCAGGCCACCGUUUCCUCGUCGACCGCCGCGAUUGCCGACAGCAGCUCGGGGGGCAUCGAUCGCGGCAAGCUCCUCGCCGCGCUCGCUGGCAUGUCUCGCUACAGAGCGAAGACCUCGGUGACGUGGAAGAAGAAGCGAGCAGAAUACAACAAGCUCCCGGCAUCGCAGAAGCUACUGCUUGGCUCGACGAUAAAUUACGUCUCGAAGAUCUCAGCGGUCGCAAACGCAGCGGCGAUGAACGACGUCACGGCCCAGGCAGUCCUCGAGCACGGUCUGCGGUACUACGGCAUCUCGCCGUUCGAGCUGCAGAGCUACGCCAAGAUCCACCGCAACGUCGGCGACCACUCGCAGGUCGCGCAGGCGCUGAAGCACUUUGUGCGCGACUGGUCCACCGUCGGCCGUCACGAGCGCGACGCAAUCUUCCCCCAGAUCCUCGAGACGCUGGUCGAUAUGUUUCCCGCGCCGAGGAGCGGUGUGAGAGUGCUGGUCCCCGGGGCUGGGCUGGGGAGGCUGAGCUACGACCUGGCCGCCGCCGGCUUCGACGUCGUCGCGAAUGAAUUCUCGCCGUACAUGGUCCUGGCCCAGCGCUACAUGCUCUCGCUCAAGAGCGUGAAGCCCAACAGCCUGACGUUCCAUCCCAACCUGGAGUGGUGGAGCCACCACCGCAGUACCGAGUCGCUGCUGCGCGCGGUGCAGUUCCCCGACAUCGUGCCCGAUGCGCAGGUUCUCACCCGGCUGAAGCUGGUCGAAGGGGACUUUGUGACCCGGUUCCUGCCGCACGAGCACGGCGCGUUCGAUGUCGUCGCAACGCUGUUCUUCAUCGACACGGCCCGGAACCUGGUGGACUAUCUCGAGACCAUCGCCAAGGUACUCAAGCCCGGCGGCGUGUGGAUCAAUCUUGGCCCGCUGCUGUACGGCACCGCGCCACUGGUCGAGUUGAGCCUCGAUGAGGUGUUGACGGUGGCCGCGAAGUUGGGAUUCGAGUUCUUACCCGCAGACGAAAAGUGGGGCGAGGACACGUUCGCGACGGAUGAGGGGUGGAGGGGCAAGGUGCGCGGAAAGCUUGCCGGCUACAGCUGGGACCCGAACAUGCUCACCCGCAACGCGUAUCUGGCGCAGUUCUGGGUGGCGAGGAAGGUUGCGCCGUAGUCAUUGUACACACCUAAGUAGUCGCGCGCAGCCAAUCAUCGAGAAUCACAAUCUAGAAUUUCAUCAGCUAUGGUUAUGUCCUCCGUGCUCUGCCGCUUUAGUCCGUCCACCGCCCCAUUUGGCAACCCACGCAACCGCCUUUUCCCUCAGUACUCUAUCCCUUUCCCUCUCUUCACCCCCCCCCUCGCCACCCCCCUCCCCC